GUAUAUGUGUAUGACAUGUUUUUUUUUCUCUGCGAACAGGUAGAACGGAAAUUUCAAUAUAGACAACUUUUAUUUUUGGCAUACCAAAGUUUAGGCUUUUUGUUUGGUGACUUGAGCUUAUCCCCUCUAUAUGUCUAUCAAAGUAUAUUUUCCGGAAGACUGAAACAUGUCCUGAAUGAGGAUGCAAUAUUUGGCGCAUUUUCUCUCAUCUUUUGGACUCUUUCGAUUAUUUCUUUGUUGAAGUAUGCACUUAUUAUGUUAAGUGCAGAUGAUAAUGGCGAAGGUGGAGUUGUUGCUUUGUAUUCACAGCUUUGCAGAAGUGCAAAAUUAUGUUUGCUUCCUAAUCAUCAAGCAUCCGAUGAGGAGCUUUCUACGUAUCGGAAGCCUGGCUCCUCAAAUGGAAGUACACCAUCCUCGCCUUUGAAAAGAUUCAUUGAGAAACACAAGAAUACAAAGAUGGCUUUGCUUAUUUUUGUUUUACUAGGUGCUUGCAUGGCAAUUUGUGUUGGUGCACUCAUGCCUGCCAUUUCUGUUCUUUCAUCCGUUGAAGGCUUGAAAAUUGAAGCAAAGAUUACAAAUAAAAGUAUGGUGUCUUGUAUUUCUUGUGUUCUACUGAUUGGACUCUUUGUCAUGCAACAUCGGGGCUCCUACAAGGUUGCAUUCGUGUUUCCUCCUGUAAUCAUCCUAUGGCUAGUAACUAUUUUCAUGAUUGGCAUUUACAAUAUCAUCAAGUGGAACCCAAGAGUAUAUCAGGCUCUUUCUCCAUAUUAUGUAUACAAGUUCUUUAUGCUUACAGGAAAAGAUGGUUGGACUAACCUUGGAGGAGUAUUUCUAUGCGUUACAGGGACUGAAGCUAUGUUUGCAGACCUUGGUUACUACAGACAAACACCUGUAAGGGUUACAUUUUGUUGUAUCAUUUACCCAUGUCUAGUUCUUCAAUACAUGGGGCAGGCGGCCUUCCUUUCCAAGAAUCUAUCUGCAGUACCUAUAAGCUUUUAUGCUUCUAUUCCAGGUCAGUUAAUGUAAAUACUAAGAAUAGAAUAUCCCAAAUCGGCCUUCUCUUGGAAUUCUAGAAGAUUGUGGAUUGAAGUUAUUUGCCUUUAGACAACUGAAAAAUGAGUGACUUGGCCACUUACAUUGUUUCAAAUGUUUCUGAACGUUCCUAGCAGUAGUACAUUGAACUG